AAUUCGUCAAAAUUAAUCGAGAAUAUUAUGAAUCUCAUAAACAUGCUUUCGAAUCACUUGAGAUGAAAUUUGUUAAUGAUUCCGUUGUCUCAACUUAUUGUAAUUAUUUGGAAAAUUAUAAUGAUCUUGAUGAUCAAAGUCUCAAUCAGAUUGUAACAAUGUUUCAUCGUAUAGGCGUUCGUUGUAAAUCCGAUACAAUUUUCUUUAAG